AUGUAUUUUCCGCCAAAAGUGCAUCCAUUUGAAGAAAAUUAUAUAUAGAAAGUGCUAAUGGAUGUUGAACGAAGCCCAUUAUUGUAAUAUGAAAUGGCUCCAGAUCUUUAAUUAUUUAAAUCUUAAAGUUUAUUAUGUGAUGAUGAUUAGCAAUCCCCAUUUCAAGCAGCUCGAAAUCUGCCACUCUAAAGAUUCAAUUCUGAAGUGUUCCAUGACUUUUCAGGAUGUCAAUAGCAAAUAAUAGGAGACAAUAAUAAAUUUUUGAAAUCAAGAAAAUUUAGACCUGACUUAUCGAAAUUCACAGGAGAUUUUGAGGUGAUUCAUCAGAUAGGAAGAGGCUCAAAAGGAGUGGUUUAUAAAGUGUUAUCAAAAGUUGAUGGGUUGUAUUAUGCAGCUAAAAAAGUGCCGUUGGAGGAUAACAUUCAGACUUUGACAUUGGAUGGGUAGGUGCAAUUUAAUUGUUGUUAUCAGCAUCAAGGAUUCUUGUAUAUUAUAAUGGAGCAUUGUGAGUAUUCUUUAAAAUAAAGAUUGAUGCAAAGAGUUUAUGAAUCUGAAAUCAGAUAGAUAAUAGUGGAUGUAUGUGAGGCUCUCUAGAAUUUCCCUUAGCCCCAUUUGCAUAUACAUGGUGGCAAUGUAUUGCUGAGUAAAUAAAUGAAAUACAAAUUAAGUGAUUAUGGAUAUUCAAAUAAUACAGUUCAUUAAGCACCUGAGAAGAUAAAGAGCAAAUUGUCUGAUAUUUACUAAUUGGGCAUUUUGUUGAUGGAAUUAAUGUUAGAGAAAGAGUUAAGUCAUAUAAGUGCUUUGGUGUUGUAAAAGUUUGAUAACUUAUCAUAUUAUUCAGUAUCGUUGAAAUAGUAAAUUAAAAAAAUGGUGUCGAUAAUUCCAGAUCACAGACCUGAUAUUUAAUAAUUAAUUAAUUUUGCAAAAGUGCAUUUAGAUUAAGAGUUGACUUUACUCCAAGAGUAGAAUGCUGAAUUGCAAAAAUAAAUAGAUGAGAUAAAACCGAGAGGCAGGAGAAGAAUCCAUAGUGAAUGA